UUCACCAUGACAACUAGAGCGGCGUACUUUUCCCCGUCGGAGGCACAAAUCCUCAUGGAGGCAUACGAGGAGGUAAAAGACAUAAUUAAGAAGAAAGGCAACACCGCCAUAGUGAUAAAGCAAAGAGAAAAAGCGUGGCAAAGUAUUGCAGACCGCCUGAAUGCGUGAACUCUCUGGUGUGUUGCUGGGAGACAGGGUGUAUGGCUGCCAGCCUUUUCUCCUGACACCUUUCACAGACCCCCAGGAAGCACAGCAGGCCUACAACCAUGCCCAUGCCAGGACCAGGGCCAGAGUUGAAAUGACCUUUGGCCUCCUGAAGGCACGCUUUCACUGCCUUCACAAAUUAAGGGUCAGCCCUGUGAGGGCAUGUGACAUUACUGUGGCUUGUGCUGCCCUCCACAAUGUGGCCUGCCUGAGGAAGGAGAGGGCCCCCAGACUGGGACAAUCCGGCAAUCUUCCCUGA